GCGCUCGACCGUCAAGCUCGCGAUCCGCACGCAGGUACGACGAGAUGCGCAGAUCGUCGCCGAUUCUCUCGACCGAGCGGACGGAACCGGACUCGUUUGUGUCUGCUCGAUGAACUCCUGACGCGGUCGAGUCGGCUCCGUUUCGGGUGCAUCGUGUCUCACCGCGAGUUCCGAUCAUCGACUCCGAAGCGUUCGUCGUUCGACGAUUCACCGCCAGUUGGGAUCGAUCCGUGGAUCGUUUCUGGUCGUCGGGAAAUCGGGCUCAGUGCUCGAUGCCCGCUGAUUUGCUCGCGAGCCGCGGCGACGUCUGUCUUUGGAACGAGUUCGCCGUCGGUUCGUCGGACGCGCUCGCCGGGAUGCUCGAUCGUGCUGGUUGACGCCUAAGAGACGCUCGGACAGCAUGAUUUACCAGCCGAACCAUCAAUCGCCGACGAUGUCGUCCGCCAGGAAGACGUCACCGCGGCCUCAGCGUCGAAACCUGCAGGCGUCGUCGGGGAAGUGCGCGAACGCGAAGGCGAAGCGUGGAAACGACAGGACUGGGAACGAGGACAGGUGCAGGGGAAGGUGCAGGGUGCAGUGGAGCGAGAAACACGUGAAGGAGGGGUUGGUCCUCGUUCAGGAAGCCCAACUCGCCAGGGUGGUGAAAACUGGCCCGAUCGCCGAGCACUACGAGAUCGACCCGAAGCCGUUCGCCAACGGACAGUGGGCGAAAGUGUACCGCUGCAGGUCCCGGUCGACCGGCAUCCUUUACGCCGCCAAGUACUCGUCGAGGAACCGAUUCAACGCGGACUGCAGCGCCGAACUCAGACACGAGAUCGCUCUUCUCUCUCUCUGCUCGCAAUCGCCGCGCGUCGUGCGGCUGCACGACGUCUACGAGACGCCCAAGGAGAUCAUCCUCGUGAUGGAGUACGCCCCCGGCGGAGAUCUGCAGACGCUCAUCGACGGCGAUUUGGUGCCGCUCGAAGGUGACGUGGUGCACUUUGUCAGGCAGCUAGUAGAAGGACUUGCCUACCUCCACGAGAGAAAUAUCGCCCAUUUGGACAUCAAGCCUCAAAAUUUGGUGAUGAUGGGCAGCUUUCCAGAGUGUGACGUGAAACUUUGCGAUUUUGAGAUCUCGAGGGUGAUCUUAGAAGGGACGGAAGUUCGAGAGAUCCUCGGAACACCGGAUUACGUAGCGCCCGAAAUACUCCACUACGAACCGAUCACGUUGGCCGCCGACAUGUGGUCUCUGGGUGUGACGACCUACGUACUGCUGACUGGAUUCUCUCCCUUCGGUGGCGAAACCGACCAAGAAACAUUCCAAAAUAUAUCUCUCGGCGAAGUGGACUUUCCCGAGGAGCUUUUCGGGGACAUCUCAGCACAGGCAAAAGAUUUCGUCGCGAAGCUUCUGGUGCUAGACCCAAGUGCACGGAUGACAUCGAAACAAUGCCUGCGUCACGAUUGGCUGCGCGGCGCGCCCACACAGGCGUCCCCUCAUCUGAGAAGAUACCUGUCGAAGUCGCGGGAGGUGCUGCUGGAACGGGUAGUGAGCAGGGAGAAUCUACGAAGAGCGGCGCUUUUGAGCCAAGCGAGCAGCCAAGCGAAUCUGUCGAGCGACGUACAGGAAUCGAAUCACUGCGAUCAAAGCUUGCAGGACUGUCUGCUGAGUCAGAGCGAGAUGUGCCUGAGUCACCGUCUCACCGGAAGCCGAUCUAGUCUCGAGGGUAGCGAAGGUUUCCCGAGCCCGGCGGAGUCGCGAACGAGCCUGAACUCCUCCAGGACGAACUUGAGCUGCGCCAGUCAGAGCUGCCUGCUGAACAAAGAACAAACGCAAGGCUUGCUGAGCCGCGCGCAGAGCCGAUCGCAGGCCAAUCUGAACCACGGUCCGAGCCGAGGACUCUUAUCUAGAAUACGCAGCCUGAAUCGGGUCCAGUCUCAGGCGUGUUUGCUCAACGGGAACACCUCGGCAACCUCGAGCUCGCUGCAAACGCGAAUGAUAAUAAACCCGGUGAUCAGCAAGUCGCGCGAGAAGCUUUACGGGCUGAGAUCGUUGUCGAAGUCCCAAGGGGUUUUGGACAUAUACAGGAGCCUCGAGUGCCUUAAACGAAGGAGGAAGAGCUACCAGCGCGCCAAGACCGAGGAUAUGCUGCCCGUGUUUAAACGCCUCGGCGUUGAGAUCGACACCUCGAACUCCUCCAACGCAUCGAUCGAGACCACCUACGACAUCAACGAUAUCUCAAAGUUGGACGCUGACGGGACGAAUAUCGUCGAUUCGAGGAGUCGUCUGGGGAACGAAAAAGAAACCAUAAGCGAUUUGAAUUCAACCGCGGAAAUCGCCAAGGACAGCGUGAACACGGCCGACAGUGAGGCCUUGAUCGAUAGACCGACCGAGUUGGUUAUAGAAGCUAGCGAACAAAGCCUAGAAGCGUCGAGGGAACAAGCCUCGGAGUCGGAGGAGAACUUGGAUUCGCUCAAGUCUAUCGAAUCGGACACGUUGACCGAGGAUUCGGACGAGACUCCUGUUAACCAAACGGAAUCGAACGUCGUCGCUGGUAAACGUCCCUGCGAGAGACAACACUCGGACGCCUCCAGCCAUUCCAACAACUCUGCCACGUCGGACGACAAAGAGGAUCGCUCGACGGAAUCGGAAACCGAGGAACCCAAGUACACCGUGGCGCAACUCGUGUCAGCAUUCAAUAAACACCAAGAGGUCGCCUCGAAGACGAGCUUGGAGGCGAUCAUGACCGAGAAGAGGAUCAACGAGGUGACGUUCCCCACGGGCACCAAGGCACUGAGGCUCUUCAUCCCGGAUAUCGACAUCACCGAGAGCAAGAUCGUCAGGCGUAAGACGAGCUACAAGCCGCGAAAGAACUGGGAAGAGCUGAGGAAGAAGAACGAGAAGAACGAGGGUCUGCUGAAGAACUUCGACCACGAUUCUGGCCACGAAGACGACGACGAAGAUCACGAGGGUCGAGACAAGACGAAGGAGAUCGAGACGAACGAUUCCAUUGGCAACGAAACAAUUUAUUCGAGCAGUACCGAGAACACGAAGAACGAUAUUCCGGAGGUUGGAUCGCUGGAUCGCUGGUCGAUUUUACCGUCCAUCGAGGUCAACGGUUCCAUUUUCGCCGAUGGUGUGGACGUCCGAGACAACGUCGACACCACCAUCGACGAGAAGUACAAGAGAUGCGUGAAAGGAGCCAAGAUGAAUGCUGCGGAGACAACGACGUCUCGGAAAACGACGCCUGUGAAUCCGCCUCGACAGAAAGAGAGAUUGCCCAAUUACAUAUACUCCGACGCGACGUGCCAUAACAAAGAGGAGUCGCGAGACGCGGCCAGGAAGUAUUCCGCUACCACGAACGGUAAAAGCAUCGCGAAAGGACGACCCCAAGGAAAGGACCAACCGAAGGCAACGUACAGCGCGGAAUGCGUGACCGUGAACCUGAAGGAUAUCUUGCAGAGGGCGGACACCUUCGAAAGUAACCCGAAAGAGAACCUGGAGAACCUGCGGAAAAGGACAACGAUCGCUAAGAUAAUUCUAAACGACAACCUGCCGUACGAUGGCCAGGACGCGAGUUGUCGAGCUCGCAGCGAGCCACUUCGCGAGGACAACGACAAGAUGAAACUAGACGUGCCACCCUCGUUCGUGAGAUCUUCGUCUCUGUCGAGCGACAGCAGCUGCCCGACGCCGUCCAGCAUGCAGUCGGACGUGAACGUCUCCUGGGAGGACGUCCAAGGCACGGCGGCAGGAUCCAGCGCGUCCUUGGAGAAGGACGACCCCAAGCUUCGAAAGAGAAGCGAGAUCCAGAGAACGUCCAGCGAGGGCAAGAACAAACAGUCCGCGGAGGACAAGAGACUUUGGGGCAGAGUUUGCACCGGCUCGUACAGCAGAGCCAUGGAGAAGUUCAGCAAGAACAACGACGCCAACAAGAAGACGACGGGACAGCUGAAUGGAUCGCAGAGGAACGAGAAAACCAGGAGGAAAAGCAGCCCCGCCAUGCCACAAUACAUAAACCCGUAAAAGUAGAUAUCCUAGCUGCACGAAGACUGAAUCUAGAGCUUGGCCUUCCCUAAUUGCGGUGACUCAGGCCGGAAGUGAACAUACACGUCCAACUGAAAUCUUCCUUUUCGCGAACACUACGACCGGGAAACGAGAUAAUCUACUCCUUAGCCUUGUCCUUGGCGUACGUUCGCGGGCAUCGACGGAACGAGCGAUGGGAAUCGUAAUGCAGUCAUCUUUCGCCGGACCAGACUGCCGGAUAAAUAAUAAUCCGCGAGAGCGUGUGUCAUCAAAUCGCUCGCGACCAACGGUAACCUGUCAUUAACGUCCCACUACGUGCGUCGCGGCGUCAAACAAGGCGGUUGUACGUGAUUGAUCGUCGUAGCCUUAUCCUUGAUUUAAUCUCCAUAUCGAGCGGACUUCGACCGUGUCUACUUCUCUUUCGAAGUGCGUAGUAUCGAUGUACGCGUGGACGGUGCGCUGCCGCGAUGAAGUACAGCGUGAUUCUAUCGCUGGUUUCCCAUAAAGGCUCGUCGCGAUGUCUUCGAAACAGCACGGCGAUAACCUCGUGUUUGUAUGUGAUAUGUCCAUUGGUUUCUACCGUGUGGGUAUAAUAGGGGAUGACUGACGAUUCUGUUCAGACUAAGAGUAGACUAACUUCAGACAGUUAUACGUUAGCGCGGAAUGGUUGAAUAUCUCACAAGGGGACGAAAUUAUCAAAAAAAAAAGAUAUAGGCGAAAGUUAUAGGGCAAUAUAAGAUAUUAUACGCAGUAAACAAUUUUUGUUUAAAUGAAGCGCUGAAGGAGAUUCGGGAAAUGAAAUAAUUGAAAAGAAAUAAGUAGCAUUUGUUUCGACAAAUUCAUCGAUAUAUCAUAUAAGGUCAGUUAUUAUAAUAUAAAGCCUUAGAUUGGAGUUCGUAGUCUUCAUUUUUUGUCUACAAUCUAGCAAUGGCUUUUUUAUUCGAUUCAUGAACGAAGGUACUAGAAUCCUCCGUGUAUGUUUGGUGUCCAAAGCCGGCGCUAGUGUCGCGUCCCACAUUAACUUCUUGCGCUUAUUCUAAGGUUCUUAUUGACGAAGCUUGAAAGAACAUCAGGGAAUAACCCAGUACUUCAGUAGAUACAGGAAGAUGGGUAACGUUUUCUGUUCCCGCAUCGAUGAAAGCGUUAAACGGCGACGAAAAUAGUUUCGAAUCGUCUUCAGUGAAACGAAUAACUUGAUGAUUAACUAUCGGUGAACGAGCCGAACUAAUUUUAUAUAGAACCUAUGGUCGGCGCUCUCGACAGUAAAACGUCCAAGUUUUGUAGCGAAAUAGUCUCCACUAUCGGCGCUAACUAUCCGAGUUAGCUGUCGCGAUUUAAUUGGCGCUUGGAAAAGUGUGCAAUUCAAUUACUUCGCAGGACUUAUAGUACUUUAUUAGAGCCGAUAUAGCAUUGUACCUCAUUUAGAAUUUAAACGACUCUCUUGAAUUUUGUAUCGGAGAUAUCUCAAUAAAGACUACUUCUCAUUGAA